AUGGCUCCAGCAGAUCCAGAUGCAAACAGGCUACCAACGUCACCGGAAUUGAGCGAUGAAGAGCAUUUCUCAAUGCAUUCGGACAAAGAUAUAGAACGUGGGUCUCAAUUGACCAGUGGACGAAGAACCAAUGGCACACAAUCAUAUGAAGUGGCUUUUGGCGAGGAUUCCGCGGACCCAGAAGAUAUAGCUCGUCAUAUUAGCAUAGUCCGUCGAUAUUACAUUUCUUCUGUCAUCACCUUCACAUCAAUGGUGAUCACAAUGGUUUCGUCCUGUUGGACACUUCCCUCAACGCACAUCAUUGAGCACUUUCACAUCUCACAUGAGGUAAGCACAUUGGGAAUCACGCUAUAUGUGUUUGGGCUUGGUAUAGGACCCUUAUUUCUGUCCCCACUAAGCGAGCUGUACGGACGCAGAACCACAUUCAUAUACGCUCUGACGCUCAGCGUGAUAUGGCAGUGUUUGACAAUUUGGUCCAAGACCAUUACAGGCGUCAUGUUUGGUAGGUUCCUCUCUGGGUUCUUCGGUUCAGCCUUUCUUAGCGUGGCUGGUGGCGCCAUAGCUGAUAUCUUCGAUAAAGACCAGAUCGGUGUCCCCAUGGCCAUAUUCACCACAUCUGCCUUCCUAGGACCGUCUUUGGGUCCGAUCAUUGGUGGCGCCCUAUACCACGAAAAUUACAAAUGGACAUUUAUCACUCUUCUAAUCACAUCGGGAUGUUGUCUCGUUAUUAUCGUGCUGACCAUCCCGGAAACUUAUAAACCAAUGCUACUAAUGCGCAAGGCCAAGAGAUUAAGAAAAGAAGAAAACGAUGAACGCUACUACGCCGCCUUGGAAGUUACGCGUAAACAAACUUCUCUGCUUUCGGCGAUCCUACUAUCAACUAGAAGACCCUUUGGAUUGCUGCUACGGGACCCAAUGAUGGGUGUGCUUUGUUUCUACACUGGCCUAGAACUGGCAAUUGUCUAUCUGUAUUUUGUAGCAUUCCCGUACGUAUUUAAGAAACUCUACGAUUUUGGGCCCAUGGAGGUGGCAUGCUCAUAUAUCGGUAUCAUGGUGGGCAUGCUUAUCUCCGCCCCAACAUGUCUACUAUUCCAAAAAACGUUUGAACGGAGGGUCAAGAGGAAUAAUGGUGUCAAGACGCCCGAAAUGCGGUUCGAGCCAUUGUUCUACGGCGCCUUUUUGACCCCGAUCGGGUUGUUCAUUUUCGCCUUUACUUGCUACAAACACGUCCACUGGAUAGCACCCAUAAUAGGUAGUGCCGUAUUCGGUUCAGGCGUGUAUUUCGUCUUCACCGGUGUUUUCGCAUACACUGUGGACGCCUACAGAAGAUAUGCGGCCUCGGGGAUGGCCUGCAACACGUUCGUGAGGUGCAUAAUGGCCGGUGUUUUCCCACUCUUCGGGCUACAAAUGUAUAAGGCAAUGGGCGUGAACUGGGCCGGGUUCCUCUUGGCAAUGGUGACCGUAUUGAUGAUCCCAAUCCCGUUCCUGUUCACCAAGUACGGGGCCCGAUUGAGGGCCAAGUCGCCGUAUGCAUGGGACGAUUGA